UUGGAAGAUGGGGAAGAAGAGCCGAGUAAAAACUCAGAAGUCGGGUACAGGAGCCACAGCAACAGUAUCUCCAAAGGAAAUGUUGAAUCUAAUUAGUGAGUUAUUGCAAAAAUGCAGCAGUCCUCCCCCAGGUCCUGGAAAGGAAUGGGAAGAAUAUGUACAGAUCCGUUCGCUUGUUGAGAAAAUUCGCAAAAAGCAAAAAGGUUUGUCUAUUGUCUUUGAUGGAAAAAGAGAUGACUACUUCCCUGAAUUGAUAAAGUGGGCAACUGAAAACGGAGCAUCCACAGAGGGUUUUGAAAUAGCUAACUUUGAAGAGGAGGGAUUUGGUUUGAAAGCAACAAGAGAGAUAAAGGCCGAAGAGUUGUUUCUGUGGGUUCCUAGAAAACUGUUGAUGACGGUUGAGUCAGCUAAAAAUUCAGUCUUAGGAUCUCUGUAUUCUCAAGAUCGAAUUCUUCAAGCCAUGGGCAAUAUAACGUUGGCAUUCCAUCUCCUUUGUGAGAGAGCCAACCCCAACUCUUUCUGGCUGCCCUACAUUCAGACACUGCCCAGUGAAUAUGAUACUCCUCUCUACUUUGAAGAGGAUGAAGUACAGUAUCUUCAAUCAACUCAGGCCAUACAUGAUGUUUUUAGCCAAUAUAAAAAUACAGCUCGGCAGUAUGCCUACUUCUACAAAGUUAUUCAGGUAGAAGGUACGAAAAAAGGGACUGUGCAGUUAAAUUCCAUUGCACCAGAAGGAGUCAUUCCACUUUGCUUCCGCUGCAUGAAUCCCCUAAUAGUCUGGAACAGUGCUUUCUUGUGUAUAUUGUUUAACUUUUGCAGAUGGGCAGUUUCCUCUGUUAUGACACGGCAGAACCAGAUUCCAACAGAAGAUGGUUCCAGAGUUACACUUGCUCUGAUACCUCUGUGGGACAUGUGUAAUCAUACUAAUGGACUGAUCACUACAGGCUACAAUCUAGAAGAUGACCGGUGUGAAUGUGUGGCACUUCAGGAUUUCAAGGCUGGAGAACAGAUUUACAUUUUUUAUGGCACUCGGUCAAACGCUGAAUUUGUGAUCCACAGUGGUUUUUUCUUUGAUAAUAAUUCACAUGACAGAGUGAAAAUAAAGCUUGGCGUGAGUAAAAGUGACAGGCUGUAUGCUAUGAAGGCAGAGGUCUUAGCUCGUGCUGGUAUCCCAACUUCUAGUGUUUUUGCCUUGCACGCCACUGAGCCUGCAAUCUCUGCCCAGCUUUUGGCUUUUCUUCGAGUGUUUUGUAUGAGUGAAGAAGAGCUGAAGGAACACUUGAUAGGUGAGCAUGCCAUUGACAAAAUCUUCACUUUGGGCAACUCUGAGUUUCCUGUUAGCUGGGACAAUGAAGUUAAACUUUGGACAUUCCUAGAAGCCAGAGCAUCCCUUCUUUUGAAGACCUAUAAAACAACUGUGGAGGGUGAUAAGUCCUUCUUGGAGACUCAUGACCUUACUCCACAUGCGGUCAUGGCUAUCAAAUUGCGCUUGGGUGAAAAAGAGAUCUUGGAGAAAGCAGUGAAGAGUGCAGCUGCCAGCCGAGAGUAUUAUACCAAACAAAUGGCAGAUGGAGCUCCGCUUCCUAAGUAUGAAGAGAGCAAUAUUGCCUUGUUGGAGAACACUGUGGCAGACUCUAGACUCCCUAUUGUCCUGAGAAACCUAGAAGAUGUGGAAGAGCAAGGGGACUUAAAGAUUGAUGAAGCCAUUGAUGCUGAAGUCACAGAGAAUGGGUUUGUAAACAGUGAAAACUCUCUAUUUAAUGGGACCAAAUCUGAAAGUGAAAAUCUAAAUAAAGAGAAAAGCAACAGAGGGACUGAAGCUGCCAAAGAAUCUUCUUCAGAAAGUAAUGAUGAGGUUAAAGAAUAGUCCUAAAAUUUUACUUUCUUGUGAAAUUAAACUAGCUGAAGUUUAUGAACAGUGCAUUUAUGUUGGUGUGUUUCUUUGUUAACAUUUCUCUUUCUGCAGAGAAAAAUGGUUUUGCUGCUUUAUAUAAAAUUGAAUUUUAAGUUAUUUAAAAGAUUUAGCAUCCCUUUUCAGUUAAGAUUGCCAUCUUGCUUUCAGGCAAAAACUGGGGAAAGAGGUGCCUUUGGAAGAUUUUGCAGCCCUUUGUUGAACCAAAUGUAUUUUCUUCCUGGGGAAGAAUUAAGCUCUUCUAUCUGCUGUGCGUUUGUUGUUCUGUCACUCUGACUACCGAAAUUAAAAGCUUGCACUGCCUCCUGCCAAGAAAAGCAGAAGGCAGGACUGACUCGGUAUUCAGCAUGAAGGUGGGAGAGCAUUACAGCAGAAAACUGGAUGAGAGGAUCAGAAACUUGGGAGACUGGAGGAAAACCUGUUUAAAAUCAGGUGUGCCAGUCCAGAAAAAGGUAAGGUGGCAACCUUAUGAUUGGUAGUUUUAAAUGUUGAUGAGAAUCCAAACUGUAUACACUUUAAGUGAUCUCUGAAGAUUUCAGUUUACUUUCUCUUCUGUUUACUGUAUAAAAGUAUCUCAUCUUCUUCAGUCAGAGUUAGGCUGCUACAGUACAACAUUCACCAACUUUUAAAGGCUGACUACUUUUUAUUUCCAGGCAGUACUUUUUAUUUACAAGGUUGGCAGAGCUUCUGGAGAUUUUGAAAACAGAUAGGCCAAGCCACAGCUUUAAACUGUACUCAUCAAAGUGAGGUCGCUUCCCAGCUUCUUCAGAUUUUCACAACUAGCUAGAGAUUUUCAAAGCUACACUUUUGACUAAACCAUUAUUAAAAGGAAAAUAUUAUUAAUAUUCCUGUCUGCUACUCCUUCAUUUCUGUGGUGUAGGAUGUAACACUGAAUGUGACAUGGUUACCUGAUCUUACUCAGCUUUGUCUUUUGGUUAAGAUAUUAAUUGAUACUGCUUUCUCAAAGGAAAUGGCAAGCAGGCUGAUGUAAUUUUGGCCCAAGUCCAGACUCAGCCAAGUAUGCCUUGAGCUUUGCCAUUUAGAUUGUCUUCAUCUGAUGCACAUUUCUUGGGAUACCUCCACAGGUUAAGCAGGUCUACUGUCACCAGCAGUUUUGGUCACCCUCUUACUGUAUGUUUUAACUUCUCGGUGGAAACAAUACAACCCUAGCACUGUGCAAUAUCAGAACAAGGGUGAUUCCAAGGCUUGACUUUGAAAUUACCUGGGUAUUGGGAGGAGAGGAGGGUGGAAUAUUUUUAUUUUGUUGGUGAAUUUAGAGGAGUAUAAAGUGAUUUAAUUCUGUUCUCAAUAUUAAGGACUUUGUCUUUUGCCUUUGUAUCCUUAAGUUCACGAUAAUGGAUAGAAUGGAAAGCUUGGACAGUUGUUCAAAGCUCAGUAGAGGUUGCGAACUUCUCAUCCAAGAUCGGUUGCAGUAAAAUCUCUUUUGGCAUAUUCAUAGUUUUAUUAGAUUUUGCUUCUCUUAUACUGCAACUUGGAAAAUGUGCUUUUGCAUCAAUCUUUGGUGCAAUACACGUGUAAGUAGUGACUUUCAGGUUGUCAUAGCAGUUCUGGUGUUCAGCUAGUAUCAGUGUGGGGAAAAUAGAAAAAAUAGUUUUUUAAAAAAUAUUUCACUAAGAAUGGCACGUUGCCAUUGCACCUUGGAUAUUGCUUCAUCACUAACAAGAUGCUGGACCAGUAUUUUUGUAACUAUAUGCUGCCUUUGGUAGAAUGUUAUAAAUUGUUGUCUUGACAAUUUAAAUGUCAUACAGAAGUCAUUACAUUUUGGUUUUUAUUAGGACCAAUAUUCCAUUUCUGUUUCUGCCACUUACAUUGCACAACAUUGUACUAGAUAUUAUGAUGCAAUUCUGAAACUAGCCUUCCCUGAAAAUUAUAACUGUAAUUCAGAAUUUAAAUGCUUUGAUUCAAUCUGAUACACUGUAUUUUGUUCCAGUAUUUGCUAAUAUCUAUGGCUUAGCAAAGCCUGUGGUCACCACAGGACAGAAUGUGUGGGUUUUCUUGAAUAAAAUAUAGUUCUACCAUGUCUUCACUAGUGAGUGUAUUAUACAACCAAAACCUCUACCUGCUACUGACUGCUGUAUCUUUUGGGGUCCGUGGGAAGAGGAAUACCUGUUCAGGUAUACAGAUAAAGAUUAAAGGAGAAAUAGCUGGGGGGGGUAGGGGGGAAGAAAAAUAUUCUAGUAAACAGAAAGGGAAAGUGUUCUAUUGAAUGCAUGGUCAAAUUCUUACUUUUCAUUUGUUAGUGUUACUUAGAAAAAUAUGUUACACACAAUAAAAAUAGUGCGUAAUCUAA